GGGUCCCGCGGGGGCACGGCGGGCGCCGCCGGGCGGCCGGUGCGGGAGGAGGACGUGCGGCGCCUGGAGCGGCGGCUGGGCAGCCUGCGGGUGAUGCACGGGGCGCGGCCCGAGGAGGAGCUGCCGCCGCUCCCGCCGCUGCCCGCGCCCCCCGCCCGCGGCAGCCGCCCCCCCGCGCUGCCGAGGAGCGCGUCCCCGCCGCCGGCCGGCCCGGGGGAACAGGAACGGGAACAGGAACGGGAACGGGAACGGGAACGGGAACGGGGGGGUCCCGGCGCCCAGCACGACCCCCGCCGGGAGCUCCUGGGCUGCGGCGUCUCCGUCCGCAGCCUCAAGGCCAACUACGAGGGGCCGGGGGGGAUGACCAAGCGCAGGCGGGUGCAGCCCCCCGGCAGCGCCCGCCGGCCCGUCCUGGAGGAGGAGUACGGGGCCGGGGCGCCGCGGGAACGCGCCGAGGCGCGGCGGGAGCGCGCAGCCCGCCUGUUCCUGCAGCACUGGAGGCAGCGGGCGCUGGCGGCGGCGCCCGGCGAGGAGCGGUUGCGGCGGGCGGCGGGGCGGCUGCUGGCCCGCUGGCGGAGCGUGGCCCGCCGGGUGCCGCGCCGGCAGCUCCGACGGCUGAGCCGCGCCGCGGGGCUCCACUGGCCCCAGCACUUCCUGCCGCACGUCGGCGGCUCGCCCGUGCCCCACGACAGCCUCCCGCUCGACCUCUUCAUGCUGGGCUACUUCCAGCUGCUGGAGAUGCCGCUCAGCCCCGAGGAGCGGCGGUUCCGCCACCUCCUCUGCUAUGAGAUGUUCGACCGUCUGGGCAGCCACAGCUGGCCCCGCGUCCGCCGCUUCCACCGCGCCGCGCUGGAGCGGGUUGAGGCUGGCCACCGCGGCUGGCUCGACGGCUUCGAGGACCUCGUGCAGGAGUUUUUCGGGGAUGGCCCUGCCGCAGUGGUGGAGAGCCUGCUGGAGCCCCCCACCGUGGCCCCGGCGCGGGAGGGGGUGGUAGUGCCAGUGCCAGAGCUGGGCGAGUUCAGUGAGGAGGAUGUCUGCCGCUUCAUCGACCGCAGCUUCUCCUUCUGGAAGGAGAAGGAGGCAGAGAUGUCUGACACCUGAGCUCAGCAGGAUGGUGCGGGCAGUGCCAGCGGUGUGGCAUGGGGCUGGCCAGGACCAGCUCGGGGGCAGCCGGGGCAGUGAGAACCAGUGUCUGGGUUCCUCAGCCGCCGCUGCGGCUCUGGCAGUGCCGCGGCUCUGCUCGGCUCGGUGAAGGGCUCGGUCUUGGUUUGUGUGGCCCCGGGCCGAGGUUGUGGCGUGCCGCUUGCCGUGGCUGUGUGUUGUGCAGGGGGGCGUAGCGCCGGGGCUGCGCUCCCCUCUGGUGUGGCGUUUGCAGUGCCAGGGCGGUGUGGGCCCCGCGUGUCAGUGCAAUAAAGCUGUGAUGUGCUGCGAAGGGCUGGCCGCGCUGCGCACUCCUUCCUCCUCCCUGCGCCGGCAGAAGGCGGGCGAUGUUGGGGAGCCAUGUACCAGCAAGCCACACACCGGCGAGCCCCGCCAGCAGCGUGCUGGGCGCACAGAGCAGCCUGGCCGCCAGCAGGACGUGGUGCCAACACACUAGGGUGAUGCCACUGCCUGCAGAGCCGGUGGCGAGGGCAGGCUCCUGGCGGUGCCGCUAACACGUCUGUCUG